AUGAAACUAAACACCUGCGUGACGACUGUGGUCUUUUAUUUGUUGAGUCUGGUAUUUGCAGUGUAUAUUCGAAGUAACACAACGAAAACAGAGCCAAAUUUACUUUUUGAUAAUCUCAACAUAGCUGAGAGGGCCUAUCUCUCGAUUGUGAACUGCAUGGAUGUUGAUUUAGGGCACUAUGUACUUAAUGAAGGUGAUCUUUACGUCACGAACACCAAUGGUGUGUCGGUGAGAAUGAUAGGGCAAGACUUCCAAAACCAUGGAAUUAUCUCAUUCAACUCUUUCCUGUCCCAAGGGGAUCAUUCCACUUACCACAUCGCGCCUAAAGCAUAUUUCUCCAAUAGUGGUGAAAUGUUCUUUGGUAUUUCCAGUGCCCCUGAUGACAUAUCUCCAUUUAUUGUAACGUCAGAGGCGGGAUGGAGAAAUCAGGGCAUGAUGGUUUUUCGAAAAGAAGUUGUGUCCACGGCCUCGUUGAUUUUGGGCGCAUCUGGAGAACGCCCCUCAACCAUAGUAAAUGACGGAUCUAUUUGCUUGUACAAUACCUUUUGGCAAACAUCAACAAGUAUUUUGGGUGAUGGCUGUAUAAAAGUAGACCAUGGCUCAAUAUUGGACUUGAAUUUUGCAGGUGGUCACUCUGUUGCAAAAAAUCAAACCUUCCUUUUAGAAUCCCCCGGCUCGGUGUUCAGAAUCACUGGGGUGGAUGAAGAUCUACCAUCCGUACCGGUCAUCAAAGUAGGAGGGCUAGGAGAUGGAAAUGCAAUUGAUUUUGAUUUUUCCCUCAAUGCCACGAGGAGUUUUGUAUACUCCUUAGAAAAGGUCUCUAUUAUGGGGCUCUCAGAAAGCCCAUUGAUCAAAAUUGAAAUCGGUCCAGGAUACGUGUUGGAAUCAUUGGUCCUUAGUACCGGCCCUAUAGGCAGCAGAUUAUCCUACGAGCUUCCUGUUCCACAUGGCCAUGUUCAUGUAUGCAGAUGUCAAUCGGAGUUCCCUGAUAUCCCCGAAACGCCCAUUGUUCCACUGUCUUCGUGCAUGGCUUAG